GCCAGCCAUGUUGGCAGCUGGUUGCCGAUAUUAACGCCGCCUGGCGUACUAAGCCGCUCACUUGCCUCAAGAAAGCUGGAGAGAUGGCAUGUUCACAGGGUGAAGCAUUUGUUACCUUGGCAACUAAUGACUCGUACGCGGUCGGUGCGCUGGUUCUUGCGCAGUCACUGCGGAUAGCAGGGACCACCCAUGACUUAGUUGUCAUGAUAACACCAGGUGUAUCACAGGGGAUGCGUGAGCACUUGGGCCAGGUGUACACAAUGGUGCACCCUGUGGACGUGAUGGAUAGCAAAGAUGAGGCCCACCUGGCCAUGAUGACGCGACCGGAACUAGGCGUCACCCUCACCAAGCUGCAUGUGUGGACCCUGGUGCAGUACAGCAAGUGUGUGUUUAUGGAUGCAGACACAUUGGUACUGGCCAACAUCGAUGACUUGUUUGAGCGGGAACAACUGUCUGCUGCUGUGGACAUUGGAUGGCCAGACUGCUUCAAUUCUGGUGUGUUCGUUAUGCAGCCAAGCCUUGCCACGUUCCACGAUUUGGUGGCGCAUGCUAUAGAGAAGGGCAGUUUUGAUGGGGGUGACCAGGGAUUGCUCAACACAUUCUUCGGAGACUGGGGAACUGCAGAUAUUAAGAAGCACUUGCCAUUUAUUUAUAACAUGACAGCAAGCUCCACAUACACCUAUCUUCCAGCAUACAAACAGUUCGGGAAAGGUGUAAAAGUUGUGCAUUUUCUUGGCAGCAGAAAACCGUGGCACUACAGGUUCAAUGCCCAGAGCAAAAACGUAGAGCAUUCAGAUGGCGCUUAUGCGGGGGAGCUUCUGCAGCAGUGGUGGAACGUGUUUGCCUGUCACGUACAGCCAAAACUGGAUCCCUGGGUCGUUGAACAAUGUAUUUCUGAAGACAGUCGAGUGACAUCAGAACAGCAUAUUGAGGCACCGGUUGAAAGCGGGCUGUCUCAUCUUAAUCUGAGUGAGGACACGGGCUUGUCGUCUGCGCAACACUCUGGAGAGCCAGAUAGGGAAGCAUGGGAGCACGGCCAAGUGGAUUACUUAGGCGCAGAUGCCUUCUCCAACAUCCAGUCCCAUCUCGAUACUAUCAUCAAUGGAAAGUAAGCAGUUGAAACGUGUGCGUGCUACGGGAGCAGCUUAUCAACCACCCAUAAGAGCAACGCUAGUUUCACGAGCUCCUACAUGCUUGGACUGACUAUUGCUAUUGACCAAGUACAGUAUUAUUUCUUCUUUCCCAUGCCAAGCUGAAACUGUAUUGGGUCCCACGUACUAGCCCCAAGGUUUCUUUGUUUUCGGUGAAGAUGUAAUAGAGAUUUCCUGGAUUUGGUAAUGUCAAAAUUUAGAUGGGUGAAAGAUAGAUGGUUGUGUAGAAAAAUGGCACUGCUAGUGUUAAGAAAAAUAUACAAUUCUUGCAGCUACUGCAUACAUGCAUGUGCAGGUUUCAAGCUGCUUACAAUAUUUAUACCUAUGACAAUUAUGAGAUAGUUCACAGUAUUUUGGAACUGAUGAACACUUCUCAAACACUUCAUUCGAGCAAAACUCGGCAUGCUUCAACAGCUUAAAACGCCCAAUGAUAUACACCACAUUUUGUCAGGCUGAUUCGUAUUUAAUGUGUGGAGGGAGUAUCAUCGCUAGAUGUCACUGUUUGAACAGCACCUCUGCCGAAGUGAGUUAUAGGCUGAAGUGCUUGUAGAAUAGUUGUGCAUCUGUGCUUCAUAGAGGGCACAUGUUCACCACAUAUAAUUUAUUUGAAACUGGUGUGACUCGGGGCAUUGGUGACAAUCUAAUUUAACAUGCACACUACAGAGCAGAAUUCAUGGCUGCAGCAACAAUCAUUACCUAGCUCUCACACAUAUCACGUAUGGUCCUGUCUAAAAAACGCUAUGUGUUUGAGCUGACUCAAUAAUGAUACUUCGGAUAUCAUAGUAUUUAUAACCCAACCACAAGGGGGAAGUACAUUUGUUGCACACACACGCCACUCGAGUAGUAGUUUGAAUCUCAUCUGAGUGUCCCGAGUGCUUUUGACAUUUAAAAUACGAUUUACGUUAGGAUUUUGUUAUUAGAAAAAUCUUUUUAUUAUAUUAGUGCCAAUAAAAUCUGCCGAGUGCCUGCAUGUCAAAUAUUUUUAAAUGCAAAUAAUAGUAUAACAGUAUAGGUACCUUGUAUUGUGAAAACUGAUAUGUUUGCUAUGUACGGAGUUGUGUGUGAGGGUCAUGACGAGAUGGCCUUGUAUUAUAUAGGUCUGUAUUAAUGUUAAAAUUGUAUGAACUAUACAAUGCAAGACAAUCUGUCUGAAGACCAUGAGACAAAAAUGUUUAGGUAUGGUUCUUGCUGCACGGGCACCAACUUCAGUACUAAGUUUGUUGGUUUGGUUUGUCAUAUUCAGAUAUUUGUAUUCAUGUUUUUGUUUAUUAUUUCGAUUAGAUGAAACCAAACAGUUAUUAUGCUCAGUAUAAGAUUAUGUUCACGUGUAUCCAUUACAUAUAGCAUAUGGCGAAUAAUAUAUAUCUAUAGUAAAAUGUGGAACCCAUACCAAAUGCUAUUUAAAGGCCGUAUGUAAUUGGUGUUACUAUAUUUUAGGCAAUCACGGAGAAAAUUGUUAACAUGCUCAGAGUUGCUGAGUACCAUUAAACACAUUGAGGGUCUAUUUUGAUAGUUGUUAUAUGUACCAGCACUUAUCUUAAUCGUAUUGACUAGGUAUAUUGCAGUAGGCGCGGUAAGAUGUAGUGUACAGACGAUUACUUUAAAUGCAUGCUUUUUUGGCCAAGGUAUUGUCCAAAAAGUGGAGCAGUUGGGUAAUGUAUAUUGCUUGUGAACGUGUGUAUGCAUACAAGUUGUAUUUAAUGCUUGUGGUUGCUUUGUUGUUUUCUGUAUGGAGCUGUGAGGAGUAUUGUUCUCAGUGUCCAUCCUGCAUUAUACUCUUACACUGAAAUUUACUUUUCUUUAUGGUAUACGUGAAUGAUUUUCUGCCCUAUGCUGCAUCUUGAUGUAGUGUCAUUAUGUAAUAUAAAUUCGGUCUGGUAGAAGGUAAAUGAUUCUGCUAUAGAAACUUUGGAGCUAGCACUUCUCUCAAAUUUACAGAUGUUGUAGACCUACUAUAGAACUCGUAUUAGGACAGCGUUUAAAGUGUAUAUUGUGUACUUACAAGCUUUGUAAGCAACAUUCACUACAUUGCAUUGCAUGUAUACAUGUACAUCUGUUGAUUUAUGGAGAAUAAAAUUAUCUGGUAUCUGAUUUAAA